AUGGAACAGAAGAGCCCCGAAGGCCUCGUCUCCACAGACCCCGAUCGCGAGCUCUACACCAUUCCCAACCGCUCCAGUACGAGCUCGCCUUCCCUUCUUUUCCUACUCCCGCUCCUCUCCACGCUCUUGCUAGGGUUAGGGUUCCUGAGGACUUUCUUGAUUCUCCCGUUCUGAUGGUGGUAUGGUGUUGCAGGUUGGUUCCAGUGGGACGAGAUCCACGAGACAGAGAAGAGGGAGUUGGGGGAGUUCUUCGACGGGAGCUCCUUCUCGAGGAACCCGAGGGUCUACAAGGAGUACCGGGACUUCAUCAUCAACAAGUACCGCGAGGACGCCUCCCGGCGGCUUACCUUCACGGAGGUCCGCAGGUCCCUCGUCGGUGACGUUGGAUCCAUCCACAGGGUUUUCCUCUUUCUUGACCGAUGGGGCUUGAUUAAUUUCUCUACUUCUGACGGGGAUAGAGCGGCCGCCGCAGGGAUAGACAGCGGUGGGGGCGCGUUCUCUGUCGCGCUGGAGGAUGGUCCCCCUAGCACCGUCAAGGUUGUGCCUAGCCCUAAUUCCUCGAAAGGGUUAUCGGCUCAGCUGGCCUUUGGUUCGAAGGUGGUGGAGGCCGGAAGCAGUUUCAGGUUGCCACCUUUGACGUCUUACUCGGAUGUUUUUAGCCAGCAGACGCCCCUGGCUGGCCGAGUAUGUGGGGAUUGCGGCGAAGAGUGUAUAUCCGGAUAUUAUGAAUCCCAAUCGGUAAUAUUUUAAAGACAGUGCUAUGGUUGCAGUGCUUCUGUUUUCUUUUCGAAAUGUGGAUUUUAUUUUAUAUCUCUGCCAUUCUAAUUCAACCGUUCAGUAACAUUUCUUCCCUUGUUGGCAUGGCAUUACGCUUUUUAGAAUUGUUGUACUUAAAAUACAAUUAAUUUUCGAUUAUGUUCGUUUGGUGGUUUUGGCAUCUUAGGAUCACGUCGAUAAACACAAGCUAGAUAUAUUCGUUACGAUGAAGUCACAUGGGGGAUUAGUAUCUUAGUGGAAAAUAUGUCGAGCCAAUAGAAAGGUGGGAUUGGUGAACUUUGGGGUAUGGUUUUGAUUGAUGAACUCAUUGUUGGUUAAUCUAUCUGUAACACCCUUCAUGCUCUCUUUGUGCUGUUGUUGUAAAGAAUACUGGGAAAAUGGUUAUUUGAGGGAAAUAUGAAACUUGAACACUUUAGAGGGCGAAGAGUUCAGAGUCAUUUUCAUGAAGCAGUCUCUUUAGUGCCUCUUUGUAAUUUCAUUCAAGUGUUGAAUAGCUAAUUCAGGAAAAUAGCAGAAUGAGAAUUUAGAAGAAUUUUUUCAUAUGAUUGAUUCAUGAGCAAAUAACAGCACUGCCAAAUUAUAGCGUAGGGGAAAUGCACCUGAAGAUUUUGAUUUUCAAUUCAUCCAUCAUUGAAGACAUGUGUUAACCUUAGGUCGUAGCUGGUCUUCUCUCUUUCUGGUCUGUGAAUUUGGAUAUUAAAUCUUUGACAUAUAGGGUUUGGCCUGGUUGGUGAUGGAUGUGGCAGGGGAAAUGGAUGGCCCAUUUGGCCAAGAUUGUGACUACAAAUCUUUGACUAUUUUUUCUAUUCGGUGAAUUAAUAUCACCGGCAACUAGGAAUGCCAUGGGUUGUUUUGGCCUAAUGCCGUUAUGCUAAAAGAGUCAUGAAUGCUCGGCACAUGCUGGGUUUUAGAGUGGGUGGCAAAUCACUCCUGGUCAAAUUUCUUACUGUAGAGGCGCCUUCUAUUCUAUUAAAUCCUUAUCUGCUUUUUUAAGGAGAAGGUUAUCCCUUGUUUCGUGCCUUCUUAGUGUUGUGAGAUCGUGAUUCAGGCUACCUGGUAUGGUUGGAAAGGUAUAAAAUUCGAACUGCACUUCGGAAAUGUUCGUUGUGUAUCGAGAAACAAUGCCAAUGAACAUAAAAACAGCGAUCCUAUCAUUGUUCACUUAGAUGGAUUGGUCAGGUAGCCAUGCCUGUACACCUAAUGAUACAAGCUAAUUUUCGUGGGUUUUUGGAGGUUGUCAUAUUUUCGUAGGUUUUUUGGAUUGGUCAGCGGCUCCUCUCCCCAUUUUUUUUGCUGCAAAUAUUUCUUAUUUUUCCUGGCAGGCAAUUAUAAUCUGUGCCUAAUGCUCCAGGAUGAGAAUUAUGGCUCAGGAAAUCUAAUACUUUUAUUCUGCCUGACAGGGAAUUGUAAUCUGUGUAAAAUGCUUUGAAAAUGAGAGGUCGGGUCCAGGAAAGAGGGGGGAAGGCUACAAGUUCUAUGAUCAAAAGAUUGACAGCGCAAAACAUCUUGCUAAUCAAUGGACGGACAGGGAAACACUGUCUCUAUUAGAAGCCAUUGUCUCAAAGGGGCCUGAUUGGGACCUUAUCGCCAACCACGUUCGUAGAAGUAGACUUGAUUGUAUUGGGAAACUUAUUCAGCUUCCUUUUGGUGAGCAUAUGGGCACUCACGGAGGAAAAUUUGAUCAGAGGAAUUCUAUGAGCCAGCAAGGUGGGGAAUCUGUAAAAUGUACACUGCCUGAUAUGUUCCAACAGGAAAGUGGCCAUGAAUCAGAUGAUAUCGCUCCGGAAAGUACAGGUGAACCUCCCAGGAAACGGAAACCCUUUCCUUCUCUUGGAGAUGCAAGUGAUUCACUGGUUGAGCAGGUAAACUUGUUUUCUGGGAAUUGACAAGUAAUGGGCACAAUUUUGUUUAUGAACUUAAUUUUGAAUAUCAUCUGAUUGUAUCAUUGUUAGGUAGCUUCAUUGUCAGCACUAGCCGGACCACAUGUUGCUUCAGCUGCUGCUGAGGCUGUAAUUUCAGCGUUAUGCGAGGAACAUCCUUUUGCAAAGAAGGUAUUCACGUUGGGUGAUGAUGAAAUACAGGAUUCAGAUAUUUAUUUUGCAUCAAAGUGCGGCCCAAUGAGGUUAGCAUCAUUCGCCACCAUGACACGAGUGUCUGAUACAUAAGGAGAGGGAUUUCACUGAAAGUAUACUGAUCAAUCAUUUUUCUAUAGUGUUACGCUAUUAAUUUCUCUGUGCGUUUUCUCAGUGAUUUAAAGGUUGAAGAUGGGGAGAACGACGAACCUUCUGAUGAACUAGGUGUGUGUGAUUAUGUUGGAUUACUUCUGCCGUACUAGAUUUUGCUUCUGCGAAUGAGAUUCUUUUGCAUGAGACGAAUUGAAAGAGCGUUUAUUUAAUAAUUGUUGUGGAUUGAAUCAACCUGAUCCCUGAUGACCCUUUGCAUACGGAUGCUGGCUGACAAUGGAUGAUAUUUAUGAAAAAUCUGGGAGAUCUGAUGUCUGGAUUUUCUAGACCGAAUGGGGCUGUAAGAGCUGAGGUUUCUUCUUCAAUUUAUCCCCAACUUGUGAAAGAAUAGCAUGGGACGUUUGGUCAGCUAUACUAUGAUCAUGUCUGCUUCUCCUGGUCCAAACUGAAUGAUCCAUUAAAUCAUAAUCGAUGCAGAAAUAACUACAGUCGAAUAACUCAUAUCUAUUUAUGGAGUAGCUGAAGACGGCUUUGUUGGAAUCACUGAGCGUACAAGUUUUUUUGUGAACAAAUUAUUUUAUUGACAAGAGAGCGUACAAGGACCACUGAGCAAUUACCAUUGAACCCGAGAACUGAAAACUCACCAGCCCUACAGUUUUUUUGUUUUUCUUCUUGAAAACUAUGAUCCAUUCCUUAUAACACUAUCUCAUUGAGCCCGGGUUUUUCUGAUAAUCUUGAAUCUUCUACCUCCGCAAGGCAUUCAUAUUGUGGAUACAAAAAAUAUGCAGAUUUUAGAGCUCCACUGGUGUCUUAUUGACCGCUUUGGAGAUUAAAAGAAUCAUAUGAGAGAGAACCCAUUGCAACCAAAUUCUUGCUCUAAUGUUCUUCCCUCGACUGCAUUGAUAUCAUGUGAUAUUAAUUUUUCAGAAACUAAUGUCUUGAAUAAGUCGCCCAAUUGAACGAUAUUCAAUUGACAAUAAAUGCGAUUCAUUUACCCCAUCUGCAGAAUGUAAAACUGGUAGGAGCUUCAGCCACUCAAUGUUUCGGAUCAAUGCCGCCACCGCGACAGCCUUCGGGGCGGUAGCUGCUCGUGCUAGAUUACUGGCAGACCAGGAAGAAAGACAGAUUGAAUGCUUAAUGGCUUCCAUAAUUGACCUGCAGGUUUGCUUCCUUCAAUUCCUUAUGAGUUGACCACUUCAUUCAAAGGGAAAAUACAAUUUUCUCCCCUUGAUGCCGCUAUAAUUUCUCAUCAAACGCUGUUAAUGUCAUCUGAAAUCUUAAUCAUCUGAUUCAUUCCGGUAACCAUUUAUCCGAAAUCUCUUCAUCAUGACCAUUUUUCGGUAUGGAUGAACCGAGUCAUGGAUUUAUUAUCAUUAUGAUUACUAUUCGUACUACGCUGUUAGAUCUUCCAUAAUUAUCAUAUAAUCACACUAAUCUUUCUAUUUUCGGUUAAGAUAAAGAAGAUGCUGCACAAGAUGAAGCAUUUCGGGGAGCUGGAAUCCAUCAUGGAGGAGCAGUACGCCCAGAUACAGCAGCUCAAGGAGGACAUCCUCCAGGAAUGGAUAGACAUCUCCCAGCGGGCGCUCUCUGCUGGCAUCCCACGAUGGAAGGACCACGGUUUGCCGAAAUCUCUUCCCAAUCGGAGCUCCAUCACCUGA